UCGUCGUGUCGGGAUGAGCCGCGUUUCUCCAUGGAGACAAAACGGGUCGAGAUCCCCAGCAGCGUCUUGGAUGACCUGUGCAGCCGAUUUAUUUUGCACAUUCCAAGUGAAGAGAGAGACAAUGCAAUCAGAGUAUGCUUUCAAAUCGAACUUGCCCAUUGGUUUUACUUGGAUUUCUACAUGCAAAACACACCAGGAUUACCUCAGUGUGGGAUAAGAGACUUUGCAAAAGCUGUCUUCAAUCACUGCCCUUUUUUACUGCCUCAAGGUGAAGAUGUACAAAAAGUUUUAGAUGAGUGGAAAGAAUACAAAAUGGGAGUGCCGACCUAUGGUGCAAUCAUUCUUGAUGAAACACUUGAAAAUGUUCUUCUCGUUCAGGGCUAUUUAGCAAAGUCUGGUUGGGGAUUUCCAAAAGGGAAAGUAAAUAAAGAAGAGGCUCCUCAUGACUGUGCUGCUAGGGAGGUGUUCGAAGAAACUGGGUUUGACAUAAAAGAUUAUAUCUGCAAAGAAGAGUACAUCGAGCUGCGAAUUAAUGAUCAGUUAGCACGGCUGUACAUCAUUCCGGGAGUUCCCAAGAAUACAAAAUUCAACCCCAAAACUAGAAGGGAAAUUCGGAAUAUUGAGUGGUUUUCUAUUGACAAAUUACCAUGCCACAGAAAUGACAUGACCCCAAGGUCCAAGCUGGGUUUGGCACCUAACAAAUUUUUUAUGGCAAUUCCAUUCAUCAGGCCAUUGAGGGAAUGGAUUUCCCGAAGGAAUGGAGAUUCCUCGGAUAGUGACAAUGGAUUUUCAUCUACAGGGAGCACACCCUCUAAGCCGAACUUGGAAAAAGCUAGAUCAAAACUUCGCUGUAGUCAGCAAGUGUUUACAGAUGGCUUUUCAGGAGAGCAGUGGGUGAAGCCAAAACAGCCACACAAACCAUAUAGCCAUACUGAGAUUUCUGAAGUUUUGAAAAUCAAGAGUCAGAGCUUGAGGAGCAAUGGCAGAAAGCAGUAUCAAGACACUUCCAACCAAAAGAAGCGAACAAAUGGAGUCCACAGUCAACCAGUUAAGCAAAACAAUAUCUUGAAAUGUGAAAAAAGGCUUAAUCCAAGAAGACUCCAAGACAACUUUGAAACAGAAGCAGCCUAUGAGAUGUGUUGUUCCAGCGAAGACACACUGCCAGAACAUGGAGAGGGACAUUCUGUGGCAUGCAAUGGCCAUUACAAAUUUGCUUUCUCAUCAAGAGCUUUCUUGAGUUUCAAGUUUGACCAUGAUGCCAUAAUGAAAAGUUUUGAUCUCUGACAGCAAACUUAGGAACAAAAGGCAAACUUGCCUGUGGCAGUUAAGGGGGGUUCUUAUCCAGCCUUAC